AUGGUAACCUUUUUGGAAGAACUUGCAGAAUCACGGAAACAAGCUGAGGAGGCGCUAUACAACAGAGAGUCGGGUCCCAGAAUCAAAAGCAGGUCUAGAAACCGUAACAAGACAGACAAUCAGAAUACUGUCAACAAAAACAAAGGGGAAGAAGCAGAAACGGCCAGCACACCUGCAGCAGAGUCCAACAUAGAGUUUGUAAGCAACCACAAACAAGUGCCAGGCACCAAAUUGGCCCCUACCAACUCAGGAGGUGUAAUCAAAGGCGUGGGCGCAGGAUUGAUAUGCCCAUUUGGGCAAGUGCAGAUGGAGAAGGAUUUGACAAAGGCCAAUAGUGAUCUGAGCGAAGAGGAAGUCAAUGGAGUUGGACAAUUAUUCAGAAGUGGCUCACUUUUGGUAAGCAAGGUCCUUCCUCCUCCUCCUGCUCCAUCCAAUAACUUUCACAAGUUAACUGAUUGA